AUUGAGCUGGGACCACUGCCACUGGCUUGGUUGGUCUUUUAUGCGAGGAGGAUUCUCACAGAGGAAGUAAGGCCAGACAAGUGAAGGAAUUCCGUUUCGGACAAGUCUCACAAGACUCAGUUGCUGUUUGGGAGUUGGGGCAAACUAAACUGACUAAACUGGUCCUGUUAAAAUCCAGCCCUUGACCAUCGUUUGUUUGUACAUAUGAAACUUUUACUUUAGUCAUACAUACUUCAUACGAGUUGUAAAUUUGAGACAUGCAGUAUUUAUUCAGUUCAGUCCCAGCAGUUCUGCAUGUCAAGUUAAAGUAGGAGGCUCUCUCAUUCAUGGUGUGAAAAAUAAUAGCACUAAACUUGCUUAUAAUUCCGUUCACACAGCGUACGUCAACUUAUUCCAUUAUUAUUGCGAAGAGCUGCGUUACAGUGUGCAAACAAAGUGUUGAGGACACGGCGUUCGUUGUGAUGAGAAUGUUGUGACUAGUUUAAAUUGUGAUAGAUUAGUUGCAAUCCAGUGUGUGAGUUGGUCGGUGAGACAAGGCUGAUUGAUCCUCUGUGCGAAUUUCACUGCUGGAAGAAUCUAUCCAAAGUUUUAAUAUAUUACAUAUGUACACUUUUUCUACCCGAUAUUACGAAAAGGUGACAAAUUGAGACUGUAAAUACGCUGCUGGACAGAAAGUCUCAUUUUUUUUCGGUGGAGUGAAAUCUAACAUAAUUUUGUUUAUUUAUUGUGUUAUCUUAAUUAAUUAGACACAAUUUGGACAAAUUUGCAUAAAACCUUGACCCAAGUGGUUUGCAUGUGAUUUUUUUGUCUUGUUUACAAAUAAAAAUCUACUUAUCUACUUUGCUGACUGGUUGUGACCAGUAGUUGUGAUAGUGAAUCAAUAUCUGAUAAACAAAUCAAGCCAAGAUUACACACACACAUGAAGAAGUAACAUCCAUUAAAUAUUGUGUACAUGUAGGAUUAGCAUUAAGUCACUCUGAUUACGAUGUAGUCGUCUCUUUUAAGAGUAAAGCGGCGGAAUUAUUAUUGAGCUGUAGUCUCUUGUGAGUACAUGACUUUUGGGUAUUAUUAAUCCAUCAAAAUGCUUGUUUGCAGAUUUUAUCUUGUAUGAAUUAUUUAAGAUUGAAUGUCAAAAUGUGAUUGAAUUUGUGCCGAAGAAAGAAACGCCUCGUGGUAGAAUAAAUUAGUCAUGCAAUGUAUAUAGUUAAAAAUAAGAGAGGCAAAUAUUUAGUAUUCUGCAUGUAAUAUUAUUAAAAAUGUCGAAAACCUGUUGAAGUCAAGGUGGGAUUGAUGUGUGAUUGUGUGCAAAUUUAAAUCUGCGGAAAAUAGAACAAAUUGUGUAGUAUAAUACGUAGUAUAUUGUAUCAUAGUUGCCCAAAUAUCUAAAUCCAUAACAGAGAAUAUUAAAGCCAACACAUUUUGACAAGACAUACAUAAAGUACAUAAAAUAUGAAAUAUCCGUGCAACAUGGUGCUGUAGAUAAUGAUAGCAUCGGCUAAUUAACAUUAAACAAUAGUUUGGCAAUAUGACACCACUUUUUGAAACAUGAUUCUUCUCAAAUGCGUUGGAUCUGAAUAUGUAUCCAAAGUUUUAACAAAGUAGUUGUCUCGUCGGUCUGAAUCAUCUCGGUCAGCAAAGUUUCGUCUGGAUUUUUAGCAAAACUCUGCGUCUGCCUGCAUACAUAUUACAAUAAAUCUACUGGAUACCUAUCAAAGUACAGUACCUAAACAUUUAUCAAAAUUUUAAUAUUUAAAUAAAUACUAUAAAAAAAGACGCAUGCGACAAAGUGAUACUUGAUAAAAUCAUCGUCCUUGAACUUUGAAGAUGAAUCUCUCUAAGAACGUAAAUGUUCUAAAGAUCCUGUUCUCUCUUUAUUUUAUGACGAAAUAUAUCCAAUACCUGUUUAAUUUAAUUAGCGUUAAUCAUUAAAAUGCAUACUUAAUCGGUUCAAAUUAUCAAAUUACCAGACAUCUACUUAUUUUGAAGAAGAAUGUGAAAUACUUACAAAAACAGGCUAAAUCUUAUGUAUAAAGCUGAACAAAGACAUUAAAGCAGUAGGGAAGACAAAAAUUUACAACUUUUUUUUACCCCAAAGAAUUUGUCAGGCUUAAUUUUAUUUAUGAAUGCAAUAAAUAAGGAUUAGUUUCUCCAUGAUUUUUCCUUCGCAAACUAUGCAAAUAAAUACCAUGUUAAAAGUUUACAAAAGCACGGAAAACUUGUCGGCCGGCGUAAAAUUAAAAUAAAUAAUAUUCUAAUAAAAAGAAAAACACACAAAUUUUAUAAUUACGAAACUCUCAGUGAAGAUAAGAUGUAUCCUGAUAAGCCCAGAUUUACUAUAGAAAAAUUCAUUGGCACACGAGUUGACCGUCACCUUCACGGCAAAAAAUUUGAGAAAAGUUUUCACAUACACUGUCGUCGAUUAAGCGGAAUUCUUCCCAUAUUCCAUCAGAUUAAGAGAUGAGAAAAAUCCAAUCCACUUGUGCAGUAAAAUGUGCUAAGAUUAAGCAAUAAAUCUAAAUCUAUCAAUAAUAAAAGUUGUUCACGCUGCGAAUUCGUGUCGGCAAUAUAAUAAUAAUAAAAUACAUAAAUCACACCUUUACUCAGAAUCAAGAUCGAAUAAUAUUCAACACUUUGACCAUGACCACCUAUACGAGUCCUUCAGGUAUGCAUUUCCCUUCGGAGUCGACGAUGACGAAGACGACGGUGAACUAUGAUGGCGUAACCACCUACGAAAUCCGAUUCGAGAGAAAAAAACGGAAACGGCCUGGGAAAGGUUUAUGGCUCCAAUCAGUUCGACGAAUUGCGUCUCAAAGAAAUCUCCAGCUUCAGCAGAAUAUGAUCCCAGAGGAGGAUAAACUCGAAGAAGCAACAACAUCUUUCACCGGAAUUAGCGAUCCCAACUGCAACCCAACCUGGGGUCAAGCUACCCCUCUCAUGACUUCCAUUGACUCGGCGGAUCAUCGUCGCAACUCAACAAUGCCGUCGACCCAAGAUGCAUCCGCGAUCCCUCCUGCCGAAAACGCCGGUGGUGGUGGUGGCAGUGGCCAAGGUUCCCCAAAGACAAAUCCUGACAGAGGUGGAGACGAGUCAGGGAUGGAAAGUGAUACUCUGACGUACAGGGGCAUUUAUCUUCCCACGCUUACUAAUAGAUUCAGCGACAAAAAGCUGGAAACCGCGUACGAGCGGUAUGCUUGUAGACAGCUGCAAGAAUCCCUCUGCACUCUCAACUUUAUCGAUUUGCUGAUCAAAGUGGUCACCCUAGUCCUGACUUAUUACCUAAGUGGUGGAGAAAGCAGUGCGGCCAGAAGAGACACCACGGUCGGUCCACCCGUAUCUGUUUUAAGUGGGGGGCGAAACGGGGGAUUUGGCUUGGUUGGAGGAUGUGAUAAUUUUAGCAGUGCACGCUUAAGUGACAAUGUGACAGAGCUGAGUACGGAAUAUGAGAACCGUGUGAGCGAGCUAAUUGUUUGGACGGGGGUUGGAGCGUCGGCAAACAUUUUGCUCAUCGCUCUCGCUUUUUGGGUCCGAUUCGCUAAUUUGUAUUUACACUGGGGAGCUUUAGCGACAUGGUGUCUGCUCUUUUUGCAAGGUUUCAUCGGCAUUAUUCUCAAGAUUAACAACCCCUCUGCAGUAUUUUGGUACAUCCUAUUCUCAAUCUUUGUCACAUAUACGAUGCUACCGAUGCCCUUGUGGUGGAGUGCCAUCGCUUCCUUCGUGACGGCGACGGUGCAUAUAGGAUUUUCCGUGUGGGCAAAUAGCUGGACCUGCUCACCUGAUCUUUUAAAUAAUACGAAUUGUGCUCCAAGAGUGGCGACAGCGGACGUCCUUUUAUUUCUGGGCAUUAAUUUGGGAGCUCUCUACACCAGAUUUCUCACCGAUCGUGGACAACGCAACGCAUUCCUGGAGACGAGGCGAUAUCUCCAAAUGCAUUUUCGCACCAAGAAGGAGAACGAGAAGCAAGAACGGCUGUUGUUGUCAGUUUUACCACAUUUCGUCGCUCAAGAGCUUGUAAAGGACCUCGCCAUGGCGGAUGAUCUCAAUAGCCUUCAAUUCCACAAAAUCUACCUGCACCGUUAUGAAAAUGUCUCAAUCUUAUUCGCCGAUGUUAAAGGGUUCACGGAACUCGCCAGUUCCUGCUCGGCCCAGGAGUUGGUCCGCAUUCUAAACGACUUAUUCGGACGUUUUGACAAACUUGCCACGGAAACAAACUGUCUGCGGAUUAAGCUGCUGGGAGACUGCUACUACUGCGUAUCAGGCUUGCCAGACACCAGACCAGAUCAUGCCAUGUGCUGCGUGGAGUUGGGACUACAUAUGAUUAGAGCUAUUAAACACGUGCGUUUAAGCAAUAGGGUUAAGAAUCUCGACAUGAGAAUUGGUGUGCACUCGGGCUCCGUUUUGUGUGGAGUGCUUGGCCUAAGAAAAUGGCAAUUUGACAUCUGGAGUUGGGACGUGAAUGUUGCGAACAAAAUGGAGCAGUCUGGCAUUGCUGGACGAGUGCAUAUCUCCAAGCGAACGCUCGAGUGCCUUCACAGCAACAAUAACUUUUAUGAAGUGGAGGAAGGAAAUGGUCAUUUGCGAGAUAGCUUUUUAAAGGAACACAACGUCCAAACGUAUUUCAUAAAGCGGGACGAACCCAUGCGACCACGACGACGGGAGAGGAAACGCAGUCCACAAGAUCAAGGGUCAUCCUCGUGUCUGCUCAACUUGAGAAAUCCCAGCUUGAUCCUUAAUGCUGGCCUGUUGGCGUCCUCCAUGGAGUUGGCAGCAUCCGCCCUGACAAAUUUGGCAGAGGGGGACUCCACCCACAGUAAAAACGAGAAAGACAAUAAAGAAAUAAAUAACAAGGAGGCAAAGAACAAGAGACUUUCAGCAAAUUCGUCUCAAAUUCAAAACGGAUCUGUUCAGCCGAACAUCUACACGCCCGAUAGUCGCAGCCAGAGCCAGACCGAGUUGUCGUUUGGGGAUGAAAAUCAUCAAAAUAGUUGGUCGUUGGAGCGAUCGGGUGGGGAUCCCACGGAUCAACGUGGAUCAGACUACGACGGGACAAAUAAUUCCAACAGAUCCCGAACCUGGAGCAGCGAGGUGGACGAAAUGGACUAUCUGAUGGACCAUUGUAUAGCAAUCGACUCGAAUCGCCGGAUGCAGAAACAAUUUAUCAAACGCACUCUGCUCACUUUUGUGCUACCUGAGAUGGAGUUGGAAUUCUGCCAGUUGAAGGAGGAUACGUUCAAGUCGAAUAUUCUCUGCGUUUUUGUAAUCUGGCUCUUCACCGCGGCCAGUUUGGCAAUUAUGAUCCCAACGGAGGCAAUGACUAUCUCGACGCUUGCCAUUGCAACGUUGCUUCUCUGUUGCUGCUUGGUCCUCGUCAUGGCGAACGAGUUCCCAUCCUUGCCAGCCAAAAUUGUCAAUUUGUCGGAUACUUUUAGCAUAUGCAGGAAGCACCGGAGCCUCUUUGUUGUUUUUAUAAUUUCAACCUUGGCCAUUGCGACGGGAUUAAAUAUUCUAAGUUUCUCGACCUUCACCCUUCAACUCCGAACCGGGAGUUCAGCCAUCCCGAUAGCCCACGGUGGUGACGAAAUGGCGGCGGGUGUCAGUGGUGGUGGGAUCAGUCACUCAUCCUCCUCUGAUCCAAAUGCCAACUCUACAGCCAUAAACCUGCUGGGAAUUCCGAGCUCAUUUGAAACACUGACGCCAUCGAAAUCAUCAUCAUCAUCAUCAUCAGAAACCACGGGGGUGACAACACCCGGUAUAAAAUUAUUGAUUCCACUUCUAUACAUAAUUCUGGCUUCCCUGUUUGAUGGGAAUUCCGCACCUCUACUAACCGCACGAAAACCUCCGCCACCAAAUUCCUAUCUUUCCAACUCUUCAUUUCUGACAACACAUCGGUUAUCACGACUUCAAAAUCGGGUAGAAGCUUCGCUCGACCUCUUUAAUAACAAGAGUGGGAGCAGUGCAUUCCCUUUCUCUUCAACUAACAAUACGAUUAUGACUUCUGCCACCAGCCUCUCAAACGCUACUCUUCCUCAAAUACGGCCAGGAGAAGGAGCACAAUCACUUGAGACUUAUUCCUCCCUGACCGAUGUUGAUGUUGGCAGUACGAAUGCUUCUUCCUCUUCUAACACUUUCACCACCACCUCCCCACGACUAAACUUGAAUUAUUAUCCUGACCCAUCAUCUGCUGUUAGCAGUACAAAAAAUAAUAAUGAGAGCAGUUCCGUUCUUGUUAAGGAUAACAGUAGUAGUAGUGCUUCUCCUUCCAUCCUGCUCCCUGCCACCAAGCCCUUGACAACGUUACAACCACAAUCUGACAUAAGAGUAGUAAACUUUUCACUAUUUUCACCUUUUGCACUUUCCUCUCCUUCUCCUCUUAAUAAAUCAGAGAAAAACGACUCCGAGGGAAAGUCGAGAUCGAGGCGAGAUACGAUUUGUACCAACGAUACGGCCAAACAGCAGCUUAAGUUUAAUGAAAAACUAGACUACAACCAUAAAAAGUACUCCGGGAUCCCUUCUAACACCGGACUGGACACGUUUCGCUCGCUUGACCAUAAUUUCAAGAAAGAUAAAUUUGCCGUGGCAUCUCCUAAAAUUAACAAAAGCUUAAACCAAACCCCACAAACUUCUCGAGAAAGGAAGAAAGAAAGAGGUGUCCGGACUGGAAAGUUUGCAGACUUUCCCUCAAAACCAAGGGAGAAGGAUGCGGAUUUUGACUCGACUCCAGCAACAAAUAACAAGUAUCUCGGUAGCGUAACUGACUUGGGGAAUAAUAUGCGAGGGAAAAUUGUAAAAUCUCUUGGCAAAAAUGAGCCCGUUGAGUUACGACGUGUACUCCUUGAUACUGCGGAAGUGGCCCCGAAUACUUUCACUGCCACGGAUCCUGCUGGCCCUUUGAGCGGAGGAGGAACAAAAGAUUAUGCCAAACCUUACGAGGAUUCACCGAAGAGCUCUCAUUUCCCAACAACUAUUUCCUUUACAUUUGCUCCAGUUACUCAAACUAACAACUUCCAUCGAGCAGUCGUCCAACGGCAUGCAGACAAUUUCCGUACUACCAAAUAUUACAACAACCAUCCUCCCAUUAUUCCCACUUCUGCUAACACUAACACACUUGUCAAGUCCGUCGCUGGGGCUAAAUCUAAUUCUACAAUUCCUCCUGCUAACGUUCUUCUACCAACUGCAUCUGCUGCUUUCCCCACAAUUACCACUACUAAUCCUGCCCCUUCUGCUGCUGCUCUUCUUCUCUCUGGUAGACUUUCUCCUCCAGUCAACUACUUCUCAUUUUCAAAUUUGAAUGGCAUGAAUUCCCAAAAAGUUAAAACUAAUUCGCAUAAUCUUUCCUUUCCUUCUAUGGAAGAGUUACCCCGUGGAAGAUCUAAGAGGGCCGUUUUCACCACGAUAAUGCCCGGAUGGCAUUCAAGUAAUUCCUCAACAGAACCAGAACGAGAUAAAAGUUUAUUUUCUUUAAAACUUGACAAACUUUUACUACUGCGUCAUCAAAAUCAGAAUGGUGAUACUACAAAUGUGGAUGAUAUAAAGAGGGUCGUUCCUCAAUUUAAAAGCCGCCGCACUCCUCGUAGUAAUAAUGCCAAGAAUGAUAAUUACUCCCCUGAUAUUAAUAGGAAUAGUUGGAUGAAUAAUUUAGGAAAUUUAGUAGCAAUCCUGUCACCACUUUCUCCCACUUCUCCACCGUCGAGUACUGCAAUGCGAAAGGGACGACUAACCACUUCCGCUUCGUUACCACAAAAUGAAUGGGGAGUUGGACGGCCCGGUCUCUUAACCAGCAUCACCAAAUUAAGAGCUAAACGCUCUAAUUAUCCCACCUCGUCAACUUCUACGCACAAUAAAUCUCUAAAAGGAGUUUAUGACUUUUCGACGAAAAGCUUCUCAACUUUGGCGACUAGUUCGACUCCUUCUUCUUCUUCGAAUGAUAAUUAUUAUUUCACGAGCAAUACAAAUAGGAAAGUUGCGACGACGACCUCGAAUCAAAAUCCCAGCAGCAGCCAACGCUUCCACUCUAAUAGUCCGAAUGACGACAAUUACAGUAAUAGUUUAGACCAUCGAAAACAAUGGGUAACGAUGAAACCGCCGAUGACUGGUGAAAGUGGUGGUGGUGUCUCAACCUGGAGUAAAUUUGGGGGAGGAGGUGGAGGAGGUUCCUCUAUCAAAAUUGAUGGAGGGAGCAUCAAUGUGAUAUCGUCUUCCCCUUCCGCCGCAAAUGAACAUGAUGAGCUUUAUCCGUUUAAUAAGAGUAAAAAUAGUGCGAGUGAUAAGUUUUCCAGUGUUGAUGAGAGUGAAGACAAGGCGAAUAGUAGUGGCAUGUCGGCAGACAACAAUGAUACAACGAACGUCAUAGAAUUCGGUAGUAAUUUGUGUUUAGACAGUCACCAUUAUAUCGUCUACUCGUGGAUUUUGUGUAUGGUGGCUCUAGCUGCUUUUCUCAAGUUAAACUUUUUGGUGAAAGCAAGUAUCACUGUGUUAAUGGCGAUUGUUUACAAUUUACUUAUUUUCAUCCCGUACAAAGAACUCUUUCUGGACGAGUUUUUGCAAGAUGAAAACUCUCAAAGUGGGCAAAUUCCCACCCGGUACAAACUGACAAUGAUGAUCAUCCUUUUCGUCAUUGUGGUUUUAUAUCACUCUCGACUUGUCGAAGUCACAUCUAGACUGGAUUUUUUGUGGAAAAAGCAGGCCGAAAGUGAACUCGGAGACAUGAAAGAAGUGCGAACCUACAACUCUCAAUUGUUGCGAAACAUACUUCCUGAUCAUGUCGCCAUGCACUUUCUCCUCGCAGAAGAACGACGUCUUGAUGAACUGUACGCGCAAGAUUUUAAAAUGGCAAGCGUAAUGUUUGCCAGCAUUCCAAAAUUUAUUGAUUUUUAUUCCGAAGACGUCAACAAAGGGAUUGAAUGUAUAAGAUUGCUCAAUGAGAUUGUUGUUGAUUUUGACGAACUUUUGGAUGAAAGGCGAUUCGGGAGUAUUGAAAAGAUCAAGACGGUGGCGUCGACGUAUAUGGCCUGCAGCGGCCUUAAUCCCACGGAUCAGAUGGACGGAGAACGUGAUAAUUGUCAACAUCUCUGCACCCUGGUAGAUUUUGCGUUUGAGAUGAAGGAAAAGUUGGAAGAGCUCAAUCGUCAUGCAUUUAAUAAUUUCAAAUUGCGCAUUGGGAUAAGUUGUGGUCCGGUCGUGGCUGGGGUUAUCGGAGCACGUAAGCCCUGCUUCGAUGUUUGGGGGAAUACAGUUAAUGAAGCUAGCAGAAUGGACUCGACCGGGAUUCCUGACAGUAUUCAAGUCACAAAAGAUACAGCACAGAUUUUGGAAAAGAACGGGUACGAUCUCGAGUACCGGGGCCUGGUGCCUGUGAAGGGGAAGGGCGAGAUGGAAAUAUUCUUCGUGCGAGGACGGCCCAAGACGCCAUUCAGAAUGUAUGAGAGUGGAGGGUCGCAGAACAGGAAAUCUUUAGCAGCAGUUGUGUUCGGCAUGGUGCAGGCCAGACGAAGACAAACGUUCAGGGGCAAAGGUCCGGCCGACAUCUUGACAUCUGCGUCUCCAAAACAAAGCCGAGUCGGGAGCUAUAGAAGAUCGGAAAAUAAUGCAAAAGACGUUUGACAAAUUUCCCCAUGAUAAAACACAAUGUGAUCCGACACAACAAAAUCCUACGAGUUUUCCGAACAAAGAACGAAUUAGUCAGAAACGAUCAAAGGGAUAAUUUAUUACGACGCUCGUUCCACCGCAAAUCUGCCACUUAUGUACUCGUCAGAGUUAUGAUCUGUAUUAUGGUGAAUCGUCCCUGUUAUUAAUAAUUUAGUCACUGUUUUAUUUUUUGGUAUUCUAUUAUAUUGUGUUCAAAGAAAAGUUCCACUUAUCUACUUCGUGACACGAUAUUAUGCAUUGCGCGUUUCUUCACAACACUCAGAAUAAGACAUACAUAUAAAUCCCGAAAUAUCAAAGUAGAUAGAAAACUCUAUAAAUAGUGUUGUUUGUCGAUUCCAAUUUUAUCAAUAGUUUUUUAGACAAUACAUAUUACGUACGAUCGAGUACCUUGUUGUAGGCCAUCGCAUUUCUCGGUAUCUGUAUUAUUAUCCACAUUACUCGAGCCAGAGUCCUUCGAUGGAACAAAGCUCACCAUUUAUUGCCAUAGACAAGACAGAUUGGUUGGUUGACGAUUAAUAAAAGUCACGUUUCUUCCGCAAUUUUGAUGGAAGAAGAAGAAUAUUUAGCGUAAUAAUAUUUCGUCCCACGUAUUUAAGUAUAUAUCCUGGUGGAAUGUGACAUAUGGAUGUAUGACAUUAUUGGAUGAGGAUAUACAUACUUCCAAACCAAUAAUAUAUAAAUACCAUGAUAGAUAUUUGAUAUUACAUAAAACUGUUUACCUGCUUUGAAAGUUGUGAUACUUAUUAAAUUAUUGUUCAUUGCAUUUGUUGGAUGAUGUCUGGCAAAUUGUUAUUUGGAUAAUCAAACUGUGGACGAAUUUAUGAUGUACCUCUAAUAUGUUAUAUUGACCCAAAUGUUUACUCACUAGAAGAGACAAAAUAAAUAUUUAGCUCAAUGAAAUAUAA